AGGUAAUCAAGAAUCUAGCAAUUGGUUAAAAAAAAUAUGAUGCAUUCAGGUAUUCAUGAACUUUUAUAAGAAGUAAAAUUUGAACAUGAACACAAUGUAACGUUAAUUCCAUGAAUAAUUGUGAGUGCACGGAUGGUGCGCACUGUCUGGAGGAGCAGACGCGCUGCGCCUGCCCAGACAGCGGCCUGAGCGCGGGACGGCGGGGGGACGCGCAGGAGCUUGGCUGGGCCACGUAGUACGAGCCAGGGGACACCGCUCUGUGGAAUGAUUAUAGAAUAAUGCUCCGCGUUUUAUACAAAGGAAACUGGCAGUACUGUUUGAAUGUACAUCCGCAGAGGUAGAGAAGGAGUAACCACAAGAAGUGCGUGUGUAGACCUGAAUCUGUGCAACUCUGCACUGACGCCAAAAGAAGGUCUACAGAUUGAGGCACGGCGCUGUAAAUGGCUCUCCAAGCAAGACUCGUAGCUGCUCGAAGCACUUCCACGUCUGAAACUCCGCUUGUCUUUACCUGUUUUUGAGACCUUGGCACCCUGCAGCGCAUCAGCCUUUGCUUAACGCAGUCGCUGGGAACUGCCUACAGCUUUCAAAACAACUCAAGACGGAUGGCUUUCAAAUGUUCUACCGAAAAGUUUUAGAGUCGUAGCUUAUGCCUGCUCAUUUUUAACCCCAUGGACCAAACUUGGAGGAAAUUGUAUGUCUUUACAAUUUACUGACCUGAACAGCAUGGAUGCACUAUUUGAAUCAGGUUGACUGUUCGCCCACCUCACCCCCUCUCUUCUGGGUUUUCAGUAGAAGGAGGGUGGGGAUUGGUGCAGUGAUUUUUAGCCCCUUGUUUUUGCAUAGGCUAGAUCAUAUAGCACCAUAACAAGUAAUAAUACCCUGCUAUCAUUAUCCGUCUCUCUAUUUAUGAAAUCCUGUCAAAACAUCAAAGAAGAGAUUUCCAUCCCGGGUCUUAGCGGGAUGUCCCAAGAGGAGGGGCACAGGGCGCAGGUGUCCGGAACCUAUUUUCACCAAACGCCAAAUGCAGAUCUAGAUUUGGCUGGUAAAGUUUAUAAGUGCGAAGUGGGUGAAGCGCAUUACCCUGUGCUAGUGGACAGCAAGAUGUCAGGAAAGCCCUCAAUGGGUGAUCAAAAUGUUGUCAACCCACAGCAAUAUUUUAGGGAGGGAGGGGCAGGACAAGAGGCCACAGGUAAGCAGGACGGCGAUGACGGGUCGUCCGAAGAAACAGACGACGAAGAGGAGGAUGGCGAGGAGGAAGAUGGCGAGGAGAGCGGGUUUAAGCGCGAGCAAAUAAUCGUAGAGGUCAACUUAAACAACCAGACGCUGCAUGUUUCCAAGGGCGAUAGUAAAACUGAGGACUCGGACAUAGAGAUAAACGAUGAGGAAGAGGAGGAUGAUGAAGAAGAGGAGGAUGAAGAAGAGGAAGAGAGUGAGGAAACGGACGACGAAGAGGAAGAGGAUGAUGAACUUGAAAGUCGUACAACACGAUCCAAAAGAGCUCGCAGGGGAUUGGACAACGCAGACAGCCCGCCCAGAAGGAAGAGCCUACGAACUGCUCUGAGCCCUUCCACCACCGAUACUGCAGGGAUGACCACAAGAGGCCGUCGCAAGCACAUGGAAGCCCCAAAAGGCAAGAGGAGACUGGGCAGGACGGGGCAUCAGUCCAGUGGAGGUUCAGCAGGUGGUGCUGUGGGGAGUAAGGCAGAGGUGGAGGAGAAGGAGAUGCUGGCAUGUGAGAAGUGUCCGCGGGUCUUUAACACGCGUUGGUACCUUGAGAAACACAUGAACGUGACCCACAGAAGAAUGCAGAUCUGUGACAAGUGCGGAAAGAAGUUUGUGCUGGAGAGUGAGCUGGCCCUGCACCAGCAAACAGACUGUGAGAGGAACAUACAGUGUGUCUCCUGUAACAAGUCUUUUAAGAAGCUGUGGUCACUUCAUGAACAUAUAAAGAUUGUCCAUGGAUACGCAGAAAAGAAGUUCUCGUGUGAAAUCUGUGAGAAGAAGUUUUACACAAUGGCCCAUGUCCGAAAACACAUGGUCGCCCACACAAAGGACAUGCCCUUCACCUGUGAGACCUGUGGGAAGUCCUUCAAACGCAGCAUGUCUCUGAAGGUCCACUCACUGCAGCACUCUGGAGAGAAGCCUUUUCGCUGUGAGAACUGUGACGAGCGUUUCCAGUACAAAUACCAGCUGCGAUCUCACAUGAGCAUCCACAUCGGGCACAAGCAGUUCAUGUGCCAGUGGUGCGGCAAAGAUUUCAACAUGAAGCAGUAUUUCGACGAGCACAUGAAAACACACACAGGAGAGAAGCCGUUCAUCUGUGAGAUCUGUGGGAAGAGCUUCACCAGUCGCCCAAACAUGAAACGCCAUCGCCGCACGCACACAGGAGAGAAGCCGUACCCCUGUGAGGUGUGUGGCCAACGCUUCCGCUUCUCCAACAUGCUCAAAGCUCACAAGGAGAAGUGCUUCCGGGUCACGACCCCUAUGGUUCUCCAGAGCGCGCCCCCUGUCCCUGUGCGCGUCUUCGCCAACACCUUCUCCACCGCCCCCAGCCCGGGACCCUCCGCACCCGCCCCUGUCUCCACCUCUGCACCUAUUUCCUCCUCUGCACCCAUGGGCCUCAGCGUCUCCGCAGCACCCAUCCCCCAGAGAGCACCCAUGGGACACACGUACGCACAUGUACAGCUCCCCUCCGCCCCCUCUCACCACCACCCUCACCCCGCCACGCCCCAGCAGCACCUCACUAAUGCCCCGCCCCACCUCCUCACCGUCCCGCCCGGAUCCCACCUGCCCCCUCCCCCCGCCCUGUUCAAGAGCGAGGGCCUGAACCACUGCGGACACGAGGACAGUUACCUCCACCACAUGGGCCCCACAGAGAAGGCUCCCCAGCAGCACUGAGCCGCCGCCGUCUCCCAGUCCCUGCCCCCGUCCUGAUCUUGCCUCACAGAAGACGCAUAGCAACCUCUUCAAACAGCUGCAACCUCUAGAUUAAAGGGUCCACAUUACGCUAUUUUCUGAUCUGUUAUAAUGUUGUUUCCUCAUCAACAACAUACCUGGAGUCGUGUUUUGUUUCAUUCACACAUUUUUAACACCCAAUGUGGUGAUACUGGAAAUGCUCCACUGAGUUUUUUAAACUUCAUCGACCGUCACUAGGAACAUUUGGAUGAUUUUAGUCUUUGUCAAUUGUCAAUGUGUUCGUGAUAACAGCUACCUUUUACUUUUUGUUCAGAUAACUACUGCUUCAUGACAUCACAAGGUGGAACGGAGCGUUUUGAACAACAAUAAAGAGUUACUUAAACCUGUGAAUGAAACAAAACCCAACUCUAUGUGUGUUUUUGGGGAGAUAACAACAUUAUAACAUGGCUUAAAGCUUACAAGAGUCAAUUUUGCCUAAUAUAGGACCUUUCAGUAUCUCAGAAUCAUGAAUUUUACAGAAAUCCUGUAGAUUUCAUUUCUCAUCUCUCUCAGUAUAGUUAGAGUACAUGGGUGUAAAGUAUCUCUCGUUUUAUCCAAAGCUGCUGGCGUGCAUUGACAUUACAGACUUCACGGCUCAGUUCUCUUCGUGUUAAAGUGACCUUCAGUUGCACAUUGGUCAGAGCGGGGACUUUAUGGGCUGGUCCUCUCACAGCAAUACUCCACGCGCUCUGGGUUUGAGAUACACAAAUGCUUAAUGAAUGUUUGAACCCUCUCUACCCUGGAGCAAAGCUUUCCCUCAGAGAGACAUUAACAGUGAGACAGAGCUGUGCCAUAGGUUACAGUGGAAGGAGGACUUGUGAAGAGGACAUAGGAAACUGUUUUGUAAAUGUUCAGUGAAUCUGGACCAAAAUGAGAUUCACAACAAAGUUAAAGGUGCUGUUCAUUCCAUGUUUUUUUCCUUUUAUUUCAUUUCCUGCAGUUAAAUAUCGUAAAAUGAUGUAGUUAUCAAGGAUGUCUGGGUUUUAGACCCAGAUUUAAGAUUUUGUUAUGACACGAUCCACGUUCUGCAGGUUCGGCCCAAGGCUAUCACACCUAGCGUUUCUCAAGCACACACAAAACAAUACUGCCACUGGUUCAGCUCAGUUCAACCUCAACUUUUCUAACUGUCGGGGAAAGCUUGUACGUUUUAAACAGGACACUACUGCCACUGUGAGAGGCCUAACGCUGGUCUCAUCAGGAUCUACACACCUCCUCUGCUGCUGUUCAACAAUACGGGUUCAAAAGGUCAUUCACACCUGUACUACUCACCUGGGACCUUUAUCACAACAAUACAUGUGGUUAUUUGGGAGUAUCAUGUCACUUUUAGUAUAACAGAUUAUGUCAUUCUCACUUUCCGAUCUGUACUACUCACCUGGGACCGCCAUCUGAACAUUUACAACCAUUUAGCUAGCAUUACUCAAAUUAUGUCAAUCUCGUCUUCUGGUCUAUAAGCAAAUAUGUCUAAAAGCAUUGAAUGUUGCCUACACAUAAGUUUUUGUUCUUAGCAUCGCUCCUAGUUUAGCUAAACUGUUACUAGCUAUUACGCAAUUAGCAUAGGAAAUGUUAGGACAAGACACAGUCGUAAAAUGUACCACAUUUUAUAUGAAAAUGUGUCAUUACAUUUGAGAAUGUUAUUGGAAAGACUCAGAUCAGCGUUGAUUCGUCUAUUUUGGUAGCAGAGGUGUGUAUUAUUUAGGGAUGUAUUGAUACGAUCCUAGUAUCUGAUACUGGCGCCGAUAAUGAAAAUUUUGGAUAUGGGCUUCUAAAAUAUCAGUUCAGCUAAUUUCCCAUUUUGGUCUAUAAAUUGUUGAAAUAAGAUGAUUUACUGGCCAGAAACAUCUCAUAAGAUGAAACUUGUAUUUUUACAAAGCUGUUCUGUAGUGACAAAACACAUCUUGAUCAUUCAUUUUUUAAAGAAAAUAAAUUAUAUUUUGAGUCCUAUUAUCGGUUGCUAUCGGGUACUGGUAGAUACCGAUACUUUGGCUUUAAGUAUCGGAACAGUAAACGCUGGAUCUGUGCAUCCCUAUGUGUAUUUGCAUUUCCUUUCUCUUGCACCUAAAAAACUGCUUUAUACAUAGUGCCCCAUUAGGUAUACGGAAAUAUGUGGAAAUAUCUAAUGAGUAAAAUUAGUACCUUUUAAACACAAACUUCUUGCUGCCAUUGUGUUAGCAUUCAGUCUUGAGCGGCUAAUCUCUGUAGUUUAGCCUGUCCCCUUUUUGAAUUCAAGCCCUACAAUUACCCUGCCAUACCGGUGGGUAUCUUAAUCGUUCCCCCAGGUUCACUGCUGUGCUUUAGCUAACAUUUUGCCACAUGGAGUUUUGUCUUUUGUAUAUAAUUUCGAAAGCCUUUUUUUUUUAUUUGCGUGUAUUCUCUGCACUUUACCGCUGCGUGGGUGAGGCGCAGGGAAGGGAGGGUCUGACAAUGCAUUGUGUGGAGCCAAGUGCAGUCACUUGGUGAAAACGGCGAAAGAGUUGACGUUUGAGUGGAUGUUUUUAAGACAAGGAAAGGAGGAGAAAACAUUUGGUCAGAGGAUGGUAGCGGUGGAUAGAUAAUUCAUUCAGGCAAAAGAUUAUGACCGCCUGGCACCUGCCUAAAUGAAAUGAGCCCUCUUAAAGCCGCACUUUGCAACUUUUUCUGGUGGAAUGUCCAUUACCUGCAAGUCUCCAUUUGUGAUUUUCAGAUUCUAGAGUUUGAUGUCAUACUCUCAAAUGGGGAGAAGGGCACAACCCAGUUUUUCCUACUGAUUUUAAUUAUACUUUGCCAUGAAAUGUCCAAAAGAUAAAUUCAGAAAUGUAACCGGAACAUUUCUGUUCUGAACUAAACCCAUGAACUUCCCUUGUUACAACAAAAACCUGCAUUUUAACUAUUUUAAUUUUAGGUGCGUUUAGUAUUAUUGGCCUAUAGAAUUUUGUUGUUGUUGUUUUUGACAUCAUCUGAAAGCAAGCAAUAGAUUUUUUGAUUUUUUUUUUUGUCCAGAAUGUUCCACAGUAUGGUAUUACAACUGUCUAUCCAUCUUGAAUGGAACAGGUGGUUUAACAACUCAAAAAUGUCCUGAAAAACAUGCAUGCUUGCUUACGUGGGCUUGCAUCUCCACAGAUUUGACCUAGUGCUGUUGCCUCAUCCUGACCUGUCUCCAUGGUCUCCAUGGCUAUGAUGGAUAAGUUUAAUGCUAUUUUGUAGAACAUUCCAGCCAUAGGAAUAUGGUGACAGACCCGUCUACCAGAAAAGUUAUGGUGUGCACCUUUAAAAUUGAAUACUGUGUUCUUCCCAAGCAUUCUGAACCAGCAUUACCAAAAUUUAAGCACUUUUUAAUAAACAUUGCAGAUUGGACAUACCCCAAGAACUGCAUUUUUGCGUUUUGUCCUGCUAUCACAAUUGAAACUUUGUAAAAUUCAUGGUCAUAAUAUUAUGCUUGACUGGUGUUAUAAAGUUCCUGUUUGGACCUUUUUGAGUUUAAGUGUUAACUACGUUGUCAUCUUCACUAUUGUAUUUCUGUUUAAAACAUUCUCUCUAAUUUUUGGUCAUUCAUUUUGCCUACAAUACUCCUCCUUUCUUUGUGAACUAGAAUGCACUUUUUACUAAAAUCCUUGGCUAGUUAGUUAAUAAAAAUAACAUUGUAUAUUCUUUAAAGAUGUUUAAAAAAUCAAUAUACUUUCCCCCUUUGUAUUUUAACCACUUAAUGUAGCAUCACGUAUUUUUAUUAUUGUAUCUGGUACAAAAUGUGCAGCUUUAUAAUGUCCCAGUUUGUCUUUUUUGUAUGUUUUUCUGGAGUUUGAGGAGAAAUGGAAACAAGUGGGCCUUUUUUGAUAAUGUACAAUAACUGUACAAUAACUGACUGCUAACUUUGAGAAGUAAACCAGUAGCCAUUAUUAUCAUAACCUUGUGUGUCUCUUAUCUUU